UUAGUAAAAAAUAGUUAUAUAAGUUUAAAAAGAGAAAAAAAUUAUAUGGUCAUGAAUCAUUUUUAUUAUAAAUAAAUAUUUGGAAAUUUUAAUAUAUAAUUUAUUAAAAAAUAAAAAUAAUUUGUUUAAAAUUGUUUAAAGAUGUUACAGUAGUGAAUUAUAUAUUUAAAAAUUUUUUUUUAUUAAAAUUAUUACUUUAACCUCUAACAUUAAUAAUAAAUUUAAUAUUAAUAUAAUAAAAUAUAAUAAUAUAUAUGUAAUUGAUUUACAUAUAAAUAUAUAUCUAUUUAGAAAUUAUAGAAUUUUAAAAUUAAUAUAAAUAAUAAUAAGUAUUUAAAUUAUUUAAAAUAUAUAGAAAAAUUUCAAAAUACAAAAAUACAUCUAAAAAUAUUAUAAAAACAAAUUAAUUUAAUUUUAAUUUUUAUACUUAAAAAAUUUAAAAAAUAUUUAUUUGAUUUUUUAUUAUUGAUAUUAAAAAAAUAUCAAUUAUUUAAUUGUCCAAUAAUCUAAUAAUUGUCCAAAUAUAAUAUUGUAAAAGAUUAUUAAAUAAAGUUAUUGAUAAGAUGCCUAUAACGCAUGCGUUACUGGAAUCAGCUGGUUUCGUUACAUAUAAAAAGAUAUACAUAAAAUGUACAUUUUUCCUACAAAAUCGUAUUAUUUGUUAUGUGAUAUUUCGUUUAAAAUGAUUUUUAAUAUAAUACGAUAGACGAUAUGUAAUAAAUUUAUGGAUAGUUCAAUCUUUUUUAUAUUGGAACCAUCUUAAUUGUACCACGUCAGAUUUUUGUGCGUAGUAAUUGUUAUAGUAGGAAUGGUUAUAAAAGGGGUUAUGAACAUGGUGAUAGAAGCGGUGAUAAUAGCGGUAGCGGUAGUAACGGCGGUAGUGACGAUAGUAUAGUGGUAAAGUGAUGAUACAUUUGUACAUUUAUAAAAAUAUCCAUUUAUUGACAGUAAAAUUUUUGAUGAGAAGAGUAAUGUAAGCAUUUAAAGAAAUGAAGAUUUAUAUUACGUACGUGUAUCAAAUAUUACUUUUUAUAUCAGUUGCUUCCAGGGAAUGAUUAUUUGUAAAAAAUAAGUAAAAAAUUUAUCAUGAAAUUUUUGUAUAAAGCUUUAUUUCCAAGAAAAUUGAUUUUGAUAAUUCAUCAGAUAUAUAUUAUAUACAUAUAUGAGGCCAAUAUCUAUGCCUAUUUUAUUAUGAUUGUAUUCCCUUUAUCACAAAUAUCCAUUGAAACCUGCAUUCCUUUCAGAGGACUUCUUCUCAAUAAUCUAUAUUGUAUAAUAUUUUCAACAUCUUUUUAUACCUGCUGUUUGAUAUGCUCUCAUAAGUGAAAAUCAAGGGGUUAAAAUGUGGCGAUUAGAAGUGCACUUUUAUUUAUCAUAGUAGCUUCUGAAAAUGCACAAACCAGUUAUUACUCUUCUUUUAAAACAAAUGAAACAUCUGAGACUGAUAAUAAUACGGAGUUAAUAAACAAUAUGGAAGUUGAUGAUUUAGAUACAACUAUACCAAUUACUGAACUAUAUGAUCUACACAAAUUAGAAGAAAAAUAUAUUGAAGAAUCUACAAGCUUUGAACCUAUUAUAAAUGGUGAAGCAAGAAAAAAAGAGAAUUCUUAUAAAGAUACAGAUAUUGUAAUGGAAAGUUUUACUCAAGCCAAAAUUUCUGAACAUGAACAAACAAUCCUAACUUUGAUGAAUACGACUGUAACAGAAUCACAAAGUUUAACAGAAUCAAAUCUUAAUCCUGAGUUUUCAAAAAGCAAGAAAUUAAAAAAUAUAGGACAAAAAAUAGAAAAAGAACAAGAAGAAAUUCUAUCUAGUAUACAAGCACCGCCUAUUAUUAAUGAAAUUACUGAAAAAUCUAAUGAAACAAAUAGUCUCAACAUAGAAUCUUUAUUAUUGACAAAUUCAGUUAGAGAAGAAGAAACACCUGAAGUAGUAGUAGUAGUAAGAGCUGAACAAACACCUAUUGUUACUGAUGGAUCAGACUCAAAAGUUGAAGAUAGUAUUAAAGUACUUCCUACUAAAGAUGAAAUUUCUAAAAUUUGCAAUAAAAUGACAACAACUCCAGAAUUAAGUGAUACUGAUGCUAAAGCCCGAUUAGUAGGAGAUAAUAGAGAUGAAACUGCUGCAAUUGUUUUUGGUGAAGGAAUUGCAUCUGUAGGAUCUUCAAAUCCACAUGAAGAUAUUCCAUCUUUUAGUGAAUGGACACAAAAAAGAUUAGAAGAAGCUGAAAGGAAAAAAACACAUCCAAAUGUAUCUGUUCAGAAUUCUGGAGCACCAACACGAGGAAUCGGUGGAAUGAAAAUUCGUUCUAAAAACUAUGCUUCUCCAGAUUGUGGUGCAAAAAUUGUAGCUGCAAAUCCAGAAGCGCGAAGUGUUAGAAGCGUUUUAGUUUCCACUAGAGAUGAAUAUAUGCUUAAUACAUGUACAUCACGUAUAUGGUUCGUGGUAGAACUUUGUGAAGCAAUUCAAGCCAAGAAAAUUGAAUUAGCCAAUUUUGAGCUUUUUAGUUCAUCACCAAAAGAUUUUUCAGUUUAUAUAAGUGAUCGUUUUCCUACUAGAGAUUGGAGUCCAGUUGGUCAAUUUACUGCAAAAAAUGUAAAAGAUAUCCAAAAUUUUGCUUUACAACCACAUCUUUUUGGAAAAUUUAUAAAGGUGGAACUUCAAACUUAUUAUGGAUCUGAACAUUUUUGUCCUAUUUCUUUAUUUCGUGCUUACGGUACUAGUGAAUUUGAAGUUCUUGAAACAGAGACAGAGAAUCAACUUCCGAGAGAAACGCAUAUAAAUGUAGAUGACGAAGAAGAUAGUGAUGAAGAAGAAGUUUUGGAUGUUGAAAAUGGUGAACCACCAAGAAAUUUGUUUGGUAGUGCUAGAGAUGCUGUAUUAAGUAUUAUGAAAAAGGCAGCUGAAGUAUUAGUAAAAUCUAGUGAUUUGACUUGUAAUAAUAUUACAAAAAUUCAACAAAAUAUAGAUAGUGGUAAUAUUCUUGAAAACUCUUUUGUUAGUUGUACUACACCAAGAUAUACUAUUCUUUGUGAUCAUUGUUCAGAUCAAAAAUUUGCAAAAGUUUUUCAAUUAAUUAGUUGUAAGGAAAAACAGUUAAAUGAAUUGCUUAAAAUUGAUCUUGUGAAUAGAACUUUAAGACAAAAUGGACUUUGUAAGAUUCAUGGUGUAGAAUUUGAAACUUUUGCAAAGAAAGAAAUAAAAGAAAAAAAUGAAAAUGUAAAAAAAACAGAAGAAUAUGAAAAACUUGAUGAAAUGUUUCAUUCAAAUUUGCGUUUUCAAUUAACAUUUAUAACGUCUAUACUUAAAUCUGAAUAUAUCGCGGCACUUUGUAAUAUAUUAGCAAUAAAAGAAUGUAAAAUGGUAAUGAAUGCAAGCCAUGAAAUACAAUUUGAUAAUUUUAAAGAAAUUAUUAAAGAAGAUAUAUCAGAUAAAGAUAAAGAAGAUUUCAAUAGUAACACAGUUAAAUCAUUUCAUUAUACAGCAACACGUACUUCUAAUUCAAAUAUAUAUACAUCUUCUCAGGAGCUUAAAAAAGAUAGUCAAGAACUAUCUAUAAAAUCUAGCAAAUUCAUCAGCACACCUGUCGAAAUUUCAUCUAGUUUUAAAAGUAUAGCUUCACAAAUAAAACCUACUAAAACUUUUGGAAAAGAAGAAAUCAAGAAUGAAACAUCAAUACCAAUUUUAGAAAUUGAGGAAACUAUUCAAGCUGAAGUAUUAACAACUGUUCCUGUAUCUUUAAAUGUUGGUCAACAUUCAAUUUUAAAGGCUUCUGAAGAGCCAUUUACAACUCCUAGUAUUUCUAUUGAAAAUUCACCUCAAACAACUGUUUCUGUUUCAAUAACUACUACUGAUAGUAAUGAAUUUGCAAAUGAUGAUAUUAUAUCAGAUAUAGACUCUUUGGAAUUUGCUAAUAUACCAAAUAAAAUGGAAAAAGAAUAUCUAGAACAAGAAGGAAAACAAGAACAAAUAGAAAUUUCAGAUCAAGAAAUUAAGUUACCUUCUCAAGAUUCUUUAAUAUUUGACAAUUUAUUGUCUGAUCUAAAAGAUUUAGAAGGAGAAGCAACACAUAUUCAAAAUGGUCCUACUGCAAGUACUUCAGUGACACAGCCACAAAAAGAAUCUGUUUUUUUAAGAUUAUCUAAUAGAAUCAAGGCAUUAGAAAUUAAUAUGUCUUUAAGUGGACAGUACUUAGAAGAAUUAAGUCGUCGAUAUAAGAAGCAAGUAGAAGAAAUGCAAAGAUCUUUUGAACGCACAGUCUCAGCAAUGAAUGAAGAAACACGAAAAAGAGAUGAACGUGAAACAAAGAGAAUAGAAGAAAUUGCUAUUUUAAAAGAAAAAGUCGUUAAUCUUUCUAAUUCAAUAAAAGAUCUUUUAUAUGAUCGUGAAAGUUGGCGUGGAAAAAUUUCUAUGAUAGGUCAACAUAUGUUGUUAAUAUGUUCAGAAGUUCUUGUGAUAUAUUUAAUUUUGAUUUAUUGUUGGGGAAGUAGCCAUAAAAAAGCUGAAAUAAAAAUGAAACGACAAUCAGAAAAAGAUGCAAUGCGUCGUAAAAGUGCAGAAAAUUUUAAUUCACAUAUGAAAAAAACAAAAAAGCGAAGACCAAGCGAAAUAGCUUCUAACAUUACGGGUACAUAUCGUGAAUUAAUGAUUAUUGAUAAAUCUCAUGAAAUAAAAAAGGAAAAAAAAAAGAAACGUAAAAAAACAACUACGUCAAUUAAUAAUCAAACAAAUGUAAAUAAUGAUAUCAACAUGUAUCCAAUUACACAAUACAGAAAUCAAAUAGAUGUUACACAUGAAGUAAACAUAACACCAGAAAAUGUUUCGUCUAUUGAAGUAUUACAUUCAAAUGAUUCUCAAAAACAAAUUUGUGAAAAGUUUAAUUGGAUUCCAGAAAAUACGAUUGAGUGGUUCAAUGAUGUUCACAAAACAGGGUGUAAUAUGAUGUUAUGCACUAAUAAUUCCAAAAUAGAUUCUAUUCAAAAUUCUGAAUUAAAUAGUUCAUAUGUUAAAAAUUCAAAUGAAUCAAAUUUGUUAUCAUCAAAUGUGUUUCCAGAAAAAGUUCAUUAUACUGAGCAAACUGCCAUUGAAAAAUCUGAAGAUCUUUUAAAUAUUAGUGGUAUAUUAAAGGAUACAAGCUUAAGUGUAACAUCUUCCUUUAUGAAAACUGCUUUAAGCACAAGAAAGAAAAGAAAAUCUUAUUCAAAUGAUAUGAAUGAAGAAUGGAAUAAAAAUUCAGGUGAUUCUAAUGAUAAUACUGUACAAGUAAAUCUUAUUUCUUCAAAACCAACUUUAGAAAAUAUUGAUCCUGAUAUUGAGACAAGCAGUAAUGGUCUGUUAAUGAAUCAAAGUGAUGAAUCUAGAAGUAGUAGUGUAACAUCAAUAUCAAAAAAAAAGGAAAAAAAAAAUACUAGUUUUAGGAAAAUGGUGAGAAAAUUUUUUUGAUUAAAAUAGGUUUGCCAACGAUAGUUGGUUGAAAGAAUAAUUUGAAAAUAUUGAAACUUAUAACUCUUAUUAAAGCAUAUAUUGUGCUUGGUUUGAAUGCUUUGCUCGUAUGAAGCUAUUUAAGGUGUGUAUAGAUUUACAGACAUUGUCUGUAAACAUAUACCCUCAUAUAAGGGUUUUAGAUAUCUGCAGACAGAUCGCGGUUAGUUAGUGAAGUUUUACAAUAUGUAUAAUUUUAGUAUUACCUAAAUACAAUAUAACAAUAUACAAUAUCCAUGAACAGACUUUCAGUUUAUAUAUAUAUAUAUAUAUAUAUAUUCUGUAUCCAUAUGUUAUAGACCUUCACCAACUGAUCGCGAACUAUCUUCAGAAACGUUGUAUAUUUAUCAUUAUAAGCUAUCUACAGAGAAUAUCUAUGUGAUUACAAUGAAUAUAAAUUCGCACGAGUUGCUCUUCUGAAACAAGGUACUAUUUUAAUAGAUAUGUAUUUAUUUUUAUACGCGCGAACAAUCAAACAAAUAAAUUCUUAUGCAAAUAGUUAAAAAUUCUAAAAAAAAUAGUUGUGUUUAAAUAAUGUACAAAUUUACGAUAUGCUAAUCAAUAAAACGAGUUUGAUUUUUCGCUCGUGUUCAUGCUACAAAUUGGAAAAUUAACAAGUCUAAUGCAUGAAAAUCAUUUAAUUUAUAAAUUUUAAGAGGAGUGUGGGAAUCUUGAUAUUAAUUCGGAAUUUUGAAAGUUUUGAAAUCUCUUCCUGAAAAAAAAGAUUAAAAAUUUACAAGAAUUUAUUUUUUGCAUAGAUUUUUUGUCAUCAAAAUUCUGUUACAUUAACAUAAUUGAAAAAUUUGUAAAUAUUUAAAAUUAAAGAUAUAUUUAAAAAUUAGAAGAAUUCCGAAAUUAUAAAUUAAUUUGGAUGCGAUCAGAUGAAAUUUCAAAACUUUCAUAUUUUUCAUCUGGAAUUUUUAUAUAACAACAAUAUAAAAAUUUCGAAAUUUUGUUUAAGCUGAUUCAAUUUUUCCAUUCCAAUCGGAAUCCCAUACAACUCUAAUUUUAAGUACUUAUAAAUGCAUUAUGAUACUUUUCUUAACUUCUCGUAAUAGAAUGUUUGAUUGAAAAAUUCAUAACAAAAAUGACUUUUGUCAAUUUUCAUAUAACAAUUUUAAUUUUUAUUCAAUAAAUUUAAAUAUUCUUUAUAAAAGUAUUUAUAAUAUAUUAUUAUAUAAUUAUUAGUUGUAUGUGAUUAUAUUACAGAAAUAUUAUAUUUAAUAAAAUUGGGUGAAUUAACAAUUCAUGAUUAAAAUUGGAUAAAAGUCAUUUUUGCUAUGUAUUUCUUAAUUUAAAAUACUUAGAAAAUUUUUUUCAUUGAAUUUAGUAGAUCUUAAUUAAAUAUAUUUAUGAUAUAUCUCAUUCUUAAUAAAAAUUUUAAUGUGA